UGUUACCAAAAAACAAGAUGAAUCUUGCGAUUGUUUGGCUCUUCAUAAUUUUAAGUGCUGAUAUGAACGAGUGCGGCCUUAAGAGCCAUGCGGAACUCAUACGCCAAGCAAUAAGGGUUGAUAAUAAAAUAAAGGAUCUUGUCCGUAAAGUCACUGGGUUUGCAAAAGGCAAUUCCGAGUUUAAGGAAAAAUAUGAAAAUUUAAGGAUUCCGUUAAUGCAGAAUUAUACCAGUCUGCAUAACAAAAUAGACCAUGUCAAAGUGUUUGAAGACUACAACAAGGAACGACUUUACUUAGAAAAAAGUAUAUUGUCGGUGAUUUUUAAAAUAAAUACAUCAACGUCUGAAAACUGUAAAAUAAUUCAUAAAAGUCUUCGUAAGCAUCUGGUUUUAAAGCUGACCGAUUCAAAUGUAAAAAAAAUUGAGGCCCUAAAAUAUGUGCAAAAUCGGUAA